UAUUUGUCCCUUUGGACAUUUAUCUGGACUUUGUUUGGGUUGUGGUCAUCGGUUUAUGGUGAUACACUUUACAGUAAAUCUUGUCCAAGUUCAUGUUUUACCUCAGUGUUUAGUAUCGCCAAUGAUUCAAGAUAUGGUGAAUGCUCAUCUCGGGCUAACUGUUUGGUUCAGGCCACUUUCCGUGUCUCUCAACGUGGCUCAUUCGAUGAGGCUGUGAAUUUAACCAUCACAGGUUAUGGUGUUCAACAUGGUGUUGACCGGUCAAUUUCAUUUGUCCUUCACAAUACUCGUGAACGAAUUGAAUACUUGUGUAAAGUGGACAAAGGUAAACCGGUCAAUGCUUGGGUCAUUCAAGGGUCAAAUUCAACCUUUCAAACGGGAAGUGCAUUUAAUACCAGUGGGUCGAUCAGUUGUUCUUGGACAUUUGGUAAAGACGAUUAUCUUUGGCCAACUCAUGCCAAUUAUUCAAAGAUUAACCUUUUGGAUACCCUUAAUUAUCAGAUUUCAUUGAAAUCCGAUAUGAUCAGUAAAAUUGUGGCCUCCGAUUUGUCCAAAUUACCUCUUUAUCGAAUGAACUUUCUCCGUUGUUGUUACAAACCCCACGGUGGAACGGGAUAUCUGUUCAUCACCAAUCAGACCGCUCAUGAUACAAACUUUUACCUUCAAGCUUUUCCCCCAAUUCCCAAGGCGAUAACCGUUACACUGACCAACCCGAAGGGAGGGGAAUUCGCGGUCACUUGUAACUCAUCUAAUGCUUUCAAUGCCUCAGUUAGGGUGGGGUCAAGGUGGUCACCAAUGAAAGACCUGCGUUUCUAUGAUAUUGUCAAAAGAGAAGCUCUUCCCGAUUUCCGUUGCCUUUGGUCUCAACCUUUGGUCCUUGUUGAGUCGAGUGGGUCAGUUGACACACGAAACGGCCGAUAUAACCUGGAAAUCUCAUCAGACGGUAGGCCAGCUUAUCGGGAGUCGACCAUAGGUCUACAUGGUGCUUCGUACCCACUAUUGGCCAGUUUCGCCCUAAUUGUAAUCUCAAUUAUCUUUAAUCUAAUUGUGUGAUCCGAUUAAUUGUCUCCAUCGUUAUCGGUUCUUACUCAUCAUCAUCAGAUUGUUUUAAAUGAUAGAUGAUCAAGAUGAGAAAAUAUAAAUUACUAAUCAACUAUUAUUUUAGUUAAACAGAGUAAUUAACUAAUUCUGUCCAAUUAAUUGUAUUAUUAUUUUGUUACAUUUAUUGAUUUAAUUGCCAACCUUUUAAUUGUUGA